GUUUGAGACCCAAGCUGCAGCUUGGGUAGUAGGCUCCCAUCAUCCUGUUACCACCACCUGCAGCAACUGGAAUACGAGGCUGUGUCCUGCCACCUACAACAACUUUGCAUUCUCGGCCUCCCAAUGCCACCUCGCACGCAUCUCACACUGCUGCCGCUUGACGCUUCCUUCCAAAGUGUCAAGUAGAAUAUAUUCUUACUCGCCUUGUACAAGAGUUCCUAUUAGACACUAAGAUGACGUAUUCUGUCUUGAUCGUUGUCCCAUCUGCUCGCCUCAAUUCACACCGACGGCAAGCGCAUGUGUCUGGCUCAGAAGACAAUACCAUCCGGGUGUGGGAUAUAGAAUUUCUCAAUCAGUCCCACCCUUUCAAAGCGCCUGCAAUAUGCUUUUCACCUAACCCAAUAUAUGCUCUUCAUUCCGCCGCCUCCUUUCUCCAGGAUGCUUCAACCCCAGUCUCUGUUGCUGCGAAUGUGUAUUCGCCGAUUAAGACUUUACAGCGAAGUCGGGAACUGGCGCGCUCGCGGCCUUAUGAUGCAUUUACUAUGGUAAUGCAUUAUUCCGGGCGUAGCUAUUUUGACGCGGCACUGACAAGCCUUGACGCGGCACUAACGAGCCUUGACGCAGCCACUGACGCGCCAAUGACUAUUUUCUUUUCUUCCCUCUCUGGAUCCUUCGAGCCUGUGGAGCACAUCGACGUUUAA